AUGGAUGACAUCAUUGUUGCAAGUAAUAGUUCUUCUCAUAUCCACGACUUCAAAACUGUUCUUCAUCAAACUUUCAAGAUCAAAGAUAUGGGUCUUCUUAAAUUUUUCCUUGGGCUUGAAGUUACCCGAAGUGCUGCUGGCAUUACUGUUUGCCAAAGGAAAUAUGCUUUCGAAACUUCGGAAGAUUCAGGUUUUUGGGGUUGUAAGGCUGUCAAUUUUCCUAUGGAAUCCAAUCUCAAGUUAGUGAAUAUUACUACUGGUUUGCUUCCUGAUUCCACUUCUUACAGGCGCUUGAUUGGCCGAUUUUAUUUUUUCUGUACAUAUGCUUUUGAAGUUCUCAUAUGUAAUCCAUCUUUAUGGUGGCUCGAGAGCCCACGGGUCUCGAAUUCUCUUGCCUAA